ACCAGUUCUGAGCACUGCCUGUCAGUGCUGCUGUGCAUAUUUGUUUUCUGAAAGCACUCCAAAGCAGCAGCUGAAAGAAAACGUUAGUAGAGAAGAGGCUUUGAAAGAGGUGAACAAGAGCAAGUUUAACUUUCUGAACAGUCACAAUAUACAAAACGGUGCUGGGCAUAUGGUAAGUCUCAAAAGGGACAAGUUGAGAAAGGGUUCUGGAUUUAGGAGAAAUACCUUGGUUAGGUCUUGGCAACCAGCAACCACACCCCUGGGGCAACCAGUCCCAGCUCCAUCUGUGUCUCACAGCACCCAACCAAACAGACCUGCCACCGCACAACCGGCUACUCAGGCCUGGGCAGAUGAGCAGGCAGCACUGCAGCCAGACCAGGUCCAACAGGAUAAGAUCUGGAAAGAGUCUGUUGAGGCCAAACAGAGAGGAAGGCAAAUCUGGUACCAGAACUGGAGUUUCCUUAAGUACUAUGACCAAACAGGUAAGAGAAAGGAGCUCAAGCCACUGCCAAACUACAUAGCUGUGUUCUCAAGCAAAGUUCCCAAUUUGACCAAUCAAACUAUCCUCAGUCAAAUGAACACUGAGCUUGGCAGAGCUCUGGUUAUGGAUUAUUUCUUCAGCAGUGGAGCACGAAAGAGGAAACUUGAGGGUGAGCUCCAACUUUCCUAGUGUUUCAGUAACAAUAGAACAGUAACAAAGCAAGUUGAAUGGUUCUAGUUAAGCUGAAUGGUUCUAGACACAGCAUGAAAAAAUUCCUCCAUCUUUUCUACAGAGACCAACACUACUGUCUGGCACGGAUUUUCUUUCAAGGGCAAAAAUAGAUGUUGUCCAGCAAUGCUGUAGGAGAUGAGUUUUCAUUUUUGUUUCUUUAGAUUUGCUGUUCUCAAAUUCCCUUCUCUUACUCUUU